AUGCAAGAGGAUGAGAGAUGGCGAGCUGCUAAGGAUCAGCCAGACUCAGAUGUUCGCCAGAGGAGAUGGCGGGUGUACUUGGCAUCUCCUUGGCGCCCCGCGCGGGCAUUAGUUGUGCUGUGCUUCAGCGGCAAGCUCGCCGGCGCCAGUGGGCUGGUAGAUUGCUCAAGGAGCCCAGACUGCUCUGUCCUACGCAGACAGCCUUGCUCCGAGAGAGGCUCCAUCUCCAAUGCCUGCGGAGAUUGCCUUCCUGGAACCUGGGGAGGCCCUGGCCCGCUGAAUACAGUCUGCCUCUCCAAAGAAGCCUGUGCCGUCAUCUACUCCGGCGAGGACACAUGUGACUACGUGCCGAACAACGGCAUGAGCGUUCCAUUCAUUUUCCCCUUUGGGAGGUGUGUCUGCGACCCUGGUGAUGGCCUUCUUUGGCCGACAGCACCUGGAAAGUGUGCACAGGUUUCUCUCCGUCUCGCAAACGGCCUGGGGCAGUACGAGGUUCAGCAAUGCACUUCUCGCACCUGUGCAGCCGGAACCUGCACUCCAUUGGCCGUGUGGUCUCCAGUGCUCACGCAGACCGUGCAGAACGCUAGCUUUCCGUGUCAAACGACAGGGGAAGACUCUAUUCAGCUUCUGGACAACUGCCACGACGUCACCAAUAAACUUUCGCCUUCAUCCUUGUGUGGCCAUGCGGGCUUUACUGCGACAAGCACUGUCUUCGAUGCCCUAGGUGACACGCCUGUGGACUGCGAGUUGGGUCCCAGCUGUCCAGCCAGCGUGCUGGAUAGAACCAGGCUGGCGCAGUCCUGUUGCUUUGGCACCUUAUGGUCUCUCAAGGUUGAUGAUGCUGGCCAGGACACAGGGGAAGCAGCUCCUGGAUUCUGUCACAUGGUCUGGCAGGCGCAGACGAUGGCUGCCAACGAUACCAACAGCAGCGGCGAAAGCUUCUCACCGACCGAGUGCAUGGUCAAAACAGCAGCGCCAGGCUGGACUGGCUGUGCGUGCCUGGACAGCCGGGGCUACCUCGAAGUGGGCAAGACCUGCACCGUGAAGUGCGAGGAACCUGCUUGCAGGUUGCCAGAAGGCGGAAUUCGACCCGUCCCCAGCGCCUGGGUGACGUCACCAGUGAUUCCAGACCUGGUUCCAGAUCACGCAGCCCUGGCCACCAGUCGAGCUGUACCCAGGAUCUGCCAUUGCGUGUGGAUGUUACCGAUCCUGAGCUUUCUCGUGCUGUUGAAGGGGAUCCCAUGA